GUUUGCACUUGACACUGAAUGGCGUGUCGUUAACAUAGCAUAGGAAUAAUAAGGGACGCAGAAUACUACCUUGGAGAACUCCACAUGUUAUCGGCAGGGGUUCUUAUUCCGUUUUGUUAAUUUUGACAAUUUGUCCCCUGUUGCUAAGUUAGCAAUGAGACCUUGAGAUGCUACACUAAACAGCAAUUCUUGCAUUCAUCAAAAGAGACCUUGAAGCACACUGCUUGCAUCAUAACAGAAGUAUCCCACAAAGGGAAAGUGAAAAUAGUAAACAACUUCAUUGGGCAUAUUACGUGGAAUUUUUCCCAUUAGCAUGAGUGUUACUUUGCAUACCGAUGUUGGUGAUAUCAAGAUUGAGUUAUUUUGUGAACACUGUCCCAAGAGCUGUGAAAACUUUCUAGCUUUGUGUGCUUCUAAUUAUUAUGAUGGCUGCCUCUUCCAUCGUAACAUAAAGGGUUUUAUGAUCCAGACUGGUGACCCAACUGGGACAGGGAAGGGAGGUCAGUCAAUAUGGGGACAAAAAUUUGAAGAUGAAGUAAGAGAUGAUUUAAAGCAUUCUUCUCGAGGCACCGUGUCCAUGGCUAACAGUGGGCCCAACACUAAUGGCUCACAGUUCUUCAUCUCAUAUUGUCCACAACCACACCUUGAUCUCAAAUAUACAGUUUUUGGAAAAGUUAUUGAUGGCUUAGAAGUUCUUGAUGAGCUGGAGAAGUUACCUGUGAAUCCCAAGAACUACAAGCCUACCACUGAAACCAGAAUAAAUUAUGUCACUAUCCAUUCUAAUCCCAUAGCAGGAUAAUUACUGCAGGUUUAAUAAUAUUUUAUAGUGAUAAACUUUAAUUUAAAAGAUACAGUGGUACCUUGGUAUAUGUCCGCAUUGGAAUAAGUCCAGCUUGGUAUGCUUCCUGUUUGCAGACGAAAAUUUUUGCUGGUAUACGACCUUUGUUUGGAAUGUGACUCGCGUGCUAGAACUUGUAUGGGUCAAAAUGAUAAAGAUGCCACCAGUGAUUUUGUUACAGAGUUUGGGGAAUUUGUGGAGGCUGAGGGUUUUGUUCCCCAACAAGUUUUUAAUUGUGAUGAAACAGGCCUGUUUUGGAAGAAAAUGCCUAACAGGACCUAUAUUCUAGAAGAGGAGAAGGCAUUACCAGGACACAAGCCAAUGAAGGAUAGGUUAACACUCUUGCUCUGUGCCAGUGAAAGUGGGGAUUGCAAACUGAAGCCUCUACUGAUCUACCACUCUGAAAACCUGAGGACCUUUACAAUGUGCAGAAAACUCAGUUACCUGUGAUGUGGAAGUCAAGCAGCAAAGCUUGGGUAGCCAGAGAAUAUUUCAGCGAAUGGUUUAAUGUUGUGUUUGGGCUAAGUGUAAAAAGUUAUUUGGAGGAGAAAAACCUGCCUCUGAAGGCCCUCCUCAUAAUGGACACCCUCCAGCUCACCCUCCAAGCUUGCAGGACUGUGUGCUGCCAGAAUUUGACUUCAUCACUGUAAAGUUUCUUCCCCUAACACGACUCCUCUCAUUCAGCCCAUGGAUCAGCAGGUCAUCAAUAAUUUCAAGAAACUCUACACUAAAGCACUAUUCCAGAGGUGCUUUGAAGUGACCUCUGACACAGUUAACCCUGAGAGAGUUUUGGAAAGAUCACUUUACAAACGCCCAUUGCAUAACUCUCAUUGACAAAGCCUGGCAGGAAGUUUCGUACAGAACAAUGAACUCUGCUUGGAGGAAUUUGUGGCCAGAAGCAGUGGCUGAAAGGGACUCUGAGGGCUUCGAGGCUGUGUGUAUAGUGGAGGAUAUUUUCUCUCUGGGCAGGUCCAUGGGUCUGGAUGUGAGUGAUGGUGAUGUGGAGGAGUUAGUGGAGGGGCACAGGGAAGAGCUGACCACUGAGGAGCUGCAGGAACUUGAGAAGGAGGAGCACAAGUCUAAGAUGAAUGCACUCUCUUCAGGCUAGGAAGAGGAGAUAGAGGAAGCCCCUACUUCAUUAAUCAAGGAAAUCUUUGCUAAAUGGAUGGACGUCAAAAACUUUUGCAGAGAAGUACCACCCCAACAAAGCCCAAACAAACCGUAAUAGCAUUGUCUGGAAUGGCCAGACAAUGGCUCAUUUCUGAAACAUCCUGAGGAGAAGGCAGAAGCAAAGUUCUUUGGACAGAAUUUUAAUAAAAGUCAAACCUGGUGAGCUUCAACCAGGUCCAAAUAGGGAAAAGAGACAGAAAAGAGAAGGAGACUCUCCUUCCAAACAAUAACAUUUCCUCCUCCUUCCUUCUCAGCACUAUUCUAGUAGGCACUCUUCAGCCCUUUCUACCUCAAUCUCUUGCUACCCUCUACCCCCGCACUAUCCCCUGCCCCGCUGUUUUCUGUAACC